AACAAUUUAAAAACUGCCAGCAAAGCGUUAUUAUUUGCGGCCAACAAUUGCAUGUGUGGCCCUUCAUCUAAAUACAAUAUGCGAAUAAUAAACAUCUGAAGCGUACAAAUCUAAAUUGCAGCGAGCGGUCGCUGUUCGCUUUUCGGCGAUUUGCAGUCGUGGUGUUUUGUUAUUGGAGCAGGCAGCAGCAAACAAGAUUAAAAAUAAACUAUUUCGGAAUGUUACUACUUUGAAAGCAAAAAAAGAAGAAAAAAAUCAUGCUCACAACGCUGUUGACCAUGUCGCUAACGCACAAGUGCAAGAAAAAGUGCGAUACAUAUAAAACAUUCAUUUUUUCUUGGUCUUCCACUCCAAACAUUUAAAUAAGACGACGCUGAUUUAAAAUUAAAAGUAAGCGAAACACACAAACAAAGCGGAGAACGCGAUAAAUUCAAAAACUUACCCAAGAGCAGCAACAACAAAUAUCACGUUCAAAGUGAAGGUCAACGUCACAAGCAACAAGCCAUAAGUAACAAGCAAGAAGCAACAACAAAAACCAACAACAAGGUGAUAAGCAACGGCAACUGUGGCUGCCCAAAACGAAAUACGAACAGCACCAGCUGCUUGGAAUUGGAGCUAGCACUCCAAGCCAGCAAAGCUUUCGGCCUUCCACUUCCACUUGCAGUCGCAAGCUAAAUUAUGGGCAAGAUGAUGGGCUCGACGUCAUCGCUGGUGGCACAACAGCGCCUGUUGCUGCCCACCCUGGUCUCCCUGUUUCUGCUCAUCGUCACUGUGAUCAGCGAUGACGCCAGCACGAUUCCCACACAGAAUAUGUCGCACAAGGAACGUGCCGAACUGCGUGAAGAGUCGCGCGAAAUGUUCUAUCAUGCAUAUCACGCCUACAUGGAGAACGCCUAUCCCGCCGACGAACUGAUGCCACUCUCCUGCAAGGGACGCUACCGCGGCGUGACGCCUUCGCGCGGCGACAUGGACGACAUAUUGGGCAACUUCUCCAUGACGCUGGUGGAUGCUCUGGACACACUUGUGCUGCUCGGCGAUUUUGCCGAGUUCGAGCAUGCCGUGAAGCUGGUCAUACGGGACGUGCAGUUCGACAGCGAUAUCAUUGUGUCCGUGUUCGAGACGAACAUACGAAUGGUGGGCGGUCUGCUGUCGGCGCACAUACUCGCCGAAUAUCUACAGAAGCAGGCGGAUGUGAUGCACUGGUACAAGGGCGAGAUGCUGGAGAUGGCUCGCGACCUGGGCUAUCGUCUGCUGCCGGCGUUUAAUACGACGACGGGCAUACCCCAUGCACGGGUCAAUCUGCGGCUGGGCAUGAAGGAUCCACAGUUGAAGAAGUCCCGCGAAACAUGCACUGCCUGUGCGGGCACCAUUUUAUUGGAGUUUGCCGCAUUGUCGAGGCUGACAGGUGAUCCGAUAUUUGAGGUGCGCGCACAUGCCGCCAUGGACGCCCUGUGGAAGUUGCGACACCGUGGCUCUGAUCUUAUGGGCACCGUGCUAAAUGUCCACUCGGGCGAUUGGGUGCGUCGCGACUCGGGCGUGGGUGCUGGCAUUGAUAGCUACUACGAGUAUCUGUUCAAAUCGUAUGUGCUGCUGGGCGAUGACAAGUAUUUGGCGCGAUUCAAUCGCCACUACAACGCCGUAAUGAAGUACGUCAGCGAGGGUCCGAUGUUACUGGACGUGCUGAUGCAUCGACCACAUGCGAAGUCGCGCAACUUCAUGGACUCACUUCUGGCAUUCUGGCCCGGCCUCCAGGUGCUCUCGGGCGAUCUGAAGCCGGCGGUGCAAACCCACGAGAUGCUCUAUCAGGUGAUGCAAAUGCACACGCUCAUCCCCGAGGCGUGGACGGUGGACUUCCAAAUCCAUUGGGGCCAACAUCAUUUGCGGCCCGAGUUCAUUGAGUCUACGUACUUCUUGUAUCGUGCCACCGGUGAUCAUCACUAUCUGCAGGUGGGCAAGCGAGCGCUUAAAACGCUGCAGAAAUAUGCAAAAGUCUCCUGUGGCUAUGCGGCUGUCAACGAUGUGCGCACCGGCAAGCAUGAGGAUCGCAUGGACUCGUUUGUGCUGUCCGAAACAUUUAAAUAUCUGUUUCUGCUGUUCUCCGAGCCGCAGGAUCUCAUCAUCAAUGUGGAUGAGUUUGUCUUCACCACUGAAGCGCAUCUGUUGCCGCUGUCCAUUGCACAGCUGGGCAAUUCCACUUUUAGCUUUCGGCAAUCGGACGAGCACAAUGUACUCGACUUCAUGCGAACCUGCCCCAGUUCCAAUAAGCUUUUUCCUGAGAAAGUACGCAAACCAUUGCGCAACUUCAUUACGGGCUCGUGUCCGCGCACCACAACCGGCAAGCGACUCAGCGCCCUGGAUUUUCAGGCAAGCAAUGCAGAUCAUCUGCGAGCUGUAUACGACAUGGGCAUCACCAUGGUUUCGGUAGGCGACCGUAGCCAAGGCAAGGUGCGACUGUUUCAUAGUUUCUAUAAUGCCAAGAGUCAGGAGGAAGGCGAAAUGGGCUUGCAGUUUAUGCAGGAAAUGUUGGAGCUGACCAAAAUGCAGAGCAUGAAUCAACUGGCCCAGCUGCAGGUGCGUAAAUUACAAGAGAAUUGUGCGAAUAACUCAAUGGCGGUUGCUUAUGCAUUGGAUGAUCAGUCACAGGACUGGACCGCUCUGAUGGCCGGCCCAUCGCACUUCAGUCCGGAGCUGUUUGGCGACAUGUUUGUUGAGGGCGAUGUUACGUUGGCCCAUCCAUUCCGUGCCUGCGACGACACGCUGCAGAAUGCCGAUUUUGUGGCUGGGAAGAUUCUGGUGGCGGAGCGCGGCGAUUGCACGUUUGUAAGCAAAGCGCGCUUGGCACAAAAGGCGGGCGCUUUGGCGUUGAUCGUCUUUGAUAAUGUAUCUGGUUCUUCCGGGGAGACGCAACCGAUGUUUGCGAUGUCCGGUGAUGGCAAAUAUGAUGUGGCCAUACCCGUUGUCUUCAUGUACAGCCAGGAGGCCACCAAGCUGGCCGGCGCAAUGGUGCGACAACCAAAGCUGCGCGUACGCAUCAUGAAAAUGGUGGAGUUCAAGCGCUGGCAGCUUGCCAAGGAGGCUCAUCAGAAUGAGGCAGCGGCGGCAGCAGCAGCAGCGGCGGCGUCAACGGCGACGGCGGCGAUGCCAAAGAAAAAGCCAGACAAGGAAUUGUAGUGACGACUGCUCAAUGAUGGUCGGGGCCCUCGCUAUAACGCUUCAAUGGCGCCUGUUUAAAUUCUAAAAUGGCUUUUCUAUAAACAUUUCACUAAUUAUACACGCAUACACUUAAGUAUAAGUCAUUUCCAAAUUUCGUUCACAGAGGCGAUAAAAUGCGAUAAAAUGUUGUACUUUACUCUAAGACUCGGAACCCCAACAUGCACAUCAGCUCCAUUGGCGCUGUGGCUUAAAGUUUUUAGCAUUUGAUGAUAAACAUUUAAACAACGUUUUCGAGAUAAAACAUUAGCUUAGUUCCCUCAGUUUCCUAGCAGCAAACCGACAACGCGGGCUAUAAAACUAAAAUAUGGCCAAUGUUUGUAUCUGAUAUGUAUGAUAUAAUGAUAUAGAUAUGCAUGCGCAUAUAUUAUAUAUGUAUAUGUAUACUAGGUGUAUCUGUAGUCCAAAAACUCACAAUUUUUAUAUGAAUUUUACUUUCGUGUAAGUAAAUCUUGUGUACAUAAAAUUAGCUGUUAGGACGAAAUUAAAAUAAUAAUAAUGUAAUAAUAAAUGAAUAGCUCAUAGUUGUAUUUGUAACGAAUGAUGGAGUGUGUAGUUGAAAUUGAUUAGUUUAUAUGAAAUUAAAGGCGUUCUAAAUACAUCAUUCAAUUUUAAAAAAUUAACCGUGUUUGUGCAAUUAACAACUUUCCUUUUACUGUCGAUUAAUUGAAGAAAAACUCACCACAUGCUUUGAUAUAAUUCUAGAUUUUAUUUUAAUUUAUACGCUUUUGCAUUCAUUUUGGUUUUGUUUUUUUAAUUGUUUACCAAGAGUAACACAUCUCCACUCUAAAUAUAGUACAUAGCUAGCAGUAUGCUAGAGUUAAGCCUAAAGCUUUAUUUUUCUUUUAGAAAAUAAAAAUAAACACGUUACAACUUAAA